UCUGUGAAGAGAGGUGAAAAGAUCAGUGAGGAUAUUUUUAGUGAGUCUGUGUGAGAUUGUGUGCUCCGGAGGGUGUGUGUGUGUUCCUUGUUUAUGAUUUCAUAUGUUGCUAUAUGGAGCAUAUUUGAUCUUUAGAAAAUUGGGCUAGAUGUUCACUCUAAACUUAAAAUAGUGGAAGUUCUUGAUAAAUUUAAGAGGUGGAGCAAAAGGGGGGACACCCCAUAUAAAAUGCAAAUAAGAUCGAUCUUCCUAAAAGGGGAAAGUGUAGAGAGUGCUCCCUUUCCUUUUCUCCUUGUAAGGUAGUGCAAUGGGAGACAAAAAGUUAGAUCACUGUGAUUUGAUAGUUUGACAGUUUUUAGGUUAUUUGAAUUAAAUUAAAGUAAAAACAGUAUUAAGAAAUACAGUUUGAGGAUAAUAAUAUAUUACUGAAAGAUUUAACAUGGUAUUAGAAUAAAAGAAGUUAUACUUUCUAAAUUAAUAAUGUAUUAUAAUUAUAAUUGGGUAUUUGUUAAUAGCUGAAAGUUCAAAGGAGAAAAACAUGUGUUGUAGAUGAAAAAGACCUAAGUGUUGGCCGAUAAUGUGCGCAAAUUACAUUGAAUAUUUUAUUGUAUUGACCCAAUGGGUUCUUAAGAUACUGAACUCUUUGUGUCUGUUUUCUCUUAUUCACCUAUGGUGUAUGAGAGUUUGAGGAAGAGGUAGAGGAGACAAGGUGUUUGUGAAGGUGAUUAUAGGUGUCACAAGGUGCAUGUACAAGGAAAAAGAAAAAAAAAGAGAAAAUACAGUGACAAUAACAUAGAAAAAAAAACAAUGUAACAACAGUAAUGAAUGAAUGAGUAAAAACAGAAGGAGAAAAGACAACAAGAGCAUAGAUGCACGAGACUGCUGCCAUUAGUAGGAAUAAAAUGCCUUUUUAUAAAUAUAUGUUUGUCAAGGAGAUUUAAAAUUAGAUAAGGAGCUGGCUGUAGGGAAUUAAAGCUCGGUGAUGAAGCGAGGAGUUAGGUCAUGAAGAACUUUAAAAGUUAAUAAUAAAAUGUUAAAAUCACUUCUAAAUGUAACUGGCAGCUAGUGAAGUGCAGCUAAAACUGGAGUUAUGUGCUCAAAUUUCCUUGAACAGACGAUCAGUCUGGCAGCAGAGUUUUGCACCAACUGCAGACGGUGGAGACAAUUCUGGCUAAGACAGGUGUAGAGGCCUAAAGUUGCAGUAGUCUAAGCAGGAGGAGACAAGGGUAUUUACGAUUUUGUUGAGGUCAUGGAAAGAUAAAAAGAUCUAAUAUGAGAAAUGUUUCUUAGGUGCAUAAAACAAGAUUGCAAGAGGGGCAACAGACGUGGAUGUUAAAGCCUCCAAGUAUAAUAAUAUUGUCAAAGCGCUGAGUGAUGAGGGACAGAAGUUCAGAAAAUUCAGUAAUAAGGCCAGAAUUCAGUUUUGGGGGUCUAUAGAUUAAAACACAGAGUACUGGGUCUCUAUUGUUAAUUUUAAAACUGAAGAUUUAAAAGGUGGUAAAAUUUCCAAAGGAGAUGGGAGAACACUUAUGAACAUUCUUGCUGGUCUUGGUAGGAAAAAAAUAAUAAUAAAAUAAAAUAAAUAAAUAAAAAUGAAAAUAAAUGAAAAUAAGAUAAAUCAAUCAAUAAAUAAAUAAGAUAAAUUAGAAGGGGAGGUUUUCAUUAAGAGGAAUAGUGUCCUCUGGGCUAAGCCAAGUCUGGGUGACUAUAAAGAAAUUGAUAUUAUUUGAAAAAAAAAAUGAAAUCAUGAUAGAUGAAGAUGAUAGGCAGGCUGACGAUGAAUAGUAGGGUUGACUAGGUUGUCACUGUUAACAGUGCAUGCUUGGGGAGCACUCAAGAGGAGCCUAUUACUAAUAAUAACUGGGAAUGACCAUGGAGCAAACAGUGAGAGAGUUCAUUAAAACAGAUGAUGAAUCAGCAGAACCUGCAUUAUUUAGUUUUGGUGAAUUAGGAGUCAGAGAUGGGUGAUUGAGAUCAUUCUGGGGUGAAGUUAGUCAGAAUGGGUUAGAUGCAAUAUAAGUAAUGAAAUUCCACCCGGGAGCUAAAGAAGGAGUCAUGGUGCAGCGAUAGACUCUUUUGGCACUUAACUCAGUUGCGCACAUAGUCUGAUAGCACAGGACACAUACCUUGAGUCAAAGGGCUAAUGCCAUUACACGAUGAUAGUCUCUUGUUCAGCAGCUAAUAGCAGCUAAUGUUAGCAUAAGGUUCACACCCAUAGGAGUAAGUAGUAACUGUAGCUGAUUUAGUCUGAGAGACUGAGAGAUUUGUUAGUGACAGCUGUUCAGCUUGUGUUUAUAUGACUCUGACAUUUAACAGAGAUGUUUUCUUUGGGGUAUAAUCACCUGAAAAUAAGAAUUAGGCUACUACUCUAGCUACAACGUUAAAGGGAAUAAAUGAUAUAACAGCGAUGGUGACAACUUCUACUUUCGUCACUUCUAAGAAUUUUACAAAUGAGGUUGUGACAAGGGCAGCUCCUGAAUCCAGUCUGAUCAAGGCCAGUGCUGUUUUAUCCACGAACUCUUUUCACAAAAACCCGCGUUUUUAAUGAAUGUGUGAAUACUCAUUUAUAGCCACUAUUGCUGAUCCACGUUUAGUUUGCUUUCACUUAUAGGCUAUCAUACACAUAUUUCUUAAUUUGGGGGAAAUAGAGUACAUCUAUAUAUAUCUAUAUAAAAUAUUAUAUGUUAUAGUUAUUUACAAGAGGAGCUUGGCAACAGACUGAUCAGUUGAUGCAUUAAAUCAAUAAAUGGAGUAUAAUUAUUUGGUUUAAUUACUGUGGAGAGUUGCAAAUGUGAGUUUUAGUGGUGGUGCAUGGUUUAUUUUGAUCUGAGCAGCAUUGGAGAGUCAAUAUUGAAAUUAUUUCAGUGAUUUUAUGGUAACUACGUGUGAGCAUUGAGUAAUAAUAAAAGAUUGUUUUGCUACAGAAUAUAUCUGGUGAUAGUUCAUCCCUUGUGGGAGCAUGUGGUCUUUUUGAGCCUUUAUAUAGGAUUGGAUUUUCUUCUUAUUUGUAGGAUAUUUGGGAGAAUUUACUUAACAAGAUCAUAGAUUAUUUGUGUGCUGGGUCAUAUUAUAUGUGGGUUUAGUGUUGUGAUUUUUGAUUCCUUUGAAGUUGGCAAAUCUGUUUCAUUAACUGUGGUAACCCAGUGGCUUAUAAAAAUAAAGAAAUAACUACAUAAAUAACUUUUAAUUAGUCUUAGUCUUAGUAAUAAGGUUUCAUUAUAAUAAGGACAUAAAGGGGAGUCAUUACAAUGCCAAAAAAGGAUACUAAAAUUUUAAAAGUAAUUACUCCUGUUGAUGUAGUACAAAAGAAUAAUCCUUUAGUUAAAAAUAUCGCAAAGAUAUCGGGAAAAUGGUACAACCGCUGGCCUGAAAUUGAUCAACCAUGGCCGGUGGAGGGGACCCUAAAUCCAGAUGUAAUUAAAGCAAUGAAGGUGCUUGUGUCCACUUAUAAGGCUGAUCAAAAAAGAGGGAAAGCAAGGGAAAAACAUAACAAAAAAAGACAAAUAGAACUUGGUAUUUUCCAGUUGUUUGAAAACGAGGGACAGAAAUUGAUGAAAACUGUAAUGAUAGGAGAGAUAAAAAUGCGGAAAAAAUAGAAAAAUGAAUGCUAGAAGUUAAUGCACCAUUCUCACAUAUGGAUCCAGUACAGAGACCCCCACCUUAUAAAAAGGAGAAGAAGUUUAAGGAAAUUUAUCCCCAGCUCCUAGUGAUCAGUCAGGAGGGUAAAUAUCAUAUCAAAAAAUGGAGGGAAAAGGACCCAGGAGAUGACAUCUCUGAUGAAAGUGAGAAGGGAGAGAGUGAUGGAGACUCAGAGAGCAAGGGUCCUUUGCUCGCAAGGGGGUUUUCUCCAAUGACAUCCAGUACCAGAAUAAAAGAGGACAGACGAAGGGCUUUAAGAGAGGUUGAAGGAAGCAUAGAACAAUGCCUUUCGUACUGGGAUAAAUCUACUAGUCCAGAAAGCCGAAGAGCACUGGAAAACCAAUUAGAGAAGCUCCUUAUACAGAAGAAAGGGUUGCGGGAAAAAAGCCCCCAAACAUUGGAGAUGAAAUAUGCACUGCGCUCAAGAAAAGGAAAGGAACUUGAAAAGAUGUGUCCAGUGAUCAUUCGAGGACAGAAUUUGGAGUACAAACCUUGGCAGAAUACAGAUAUGUCAGAUAUACUUGAGAAGUUACCUACUCUUCAAGAUGGAGCAUAUCCUUGGAUUUCAAAGUUGGAAGAGCUUAUGGUGGGAACGCAGCCUGCUAUAGGGGAUAUGAAGAGGCUUUUGGCUAACCUCUUGGGGGUUCCAGCUAUGGAAGAGAUUCUACAGAAAGCUGGACUUAAUCGAUAUGUGGGAACUGCUGUAAAUGAUCCAGAGCUGUUUGCUGCAACUAGAAGUCGAAUGUGGAGAGCACUGAGAGAUACAUUUCCGACAAAUGUACAUCCAGAUAACAUUCUUAUUGAACCAAUGGGACAGGAAGAGAAUCCAAGGGCCUAUGUGUCAAGAGCCCAUCAAGUGUGGAGAAAUGUCACAGGAAAUGACCCGGAUUUGAAUCAAAUGGAACAAUCCAUUUUGCGAGCCAAAAUACAUAAGGGGUUGCCCCUACCAGUAAGAAGCAAACUGGCAGAAGUGGUUGGUCUUGGAAGCAUGACAAAGGGUGUUUAUACAGAUCAUAUAGCCCAUCAAGUGGAGCUAUAUAGGAAAAAGGAGCAUGACCAAAAAGAGCAGGAUCAAGAGAUCCUCAGAAAACUGAAUCAAGUACAAUUGGUGGAUCCCAAGAAGGAGGAAAAGAAGCAGGCUGUGGUUAUACAGAGCCAGCCUCCACUAAACCAACCAUCGCCACAAAUGCAGCCGAACCAGGUCCAGUUCCAAUCGUCCCAGCCACCAUCAGUGGUUCCAGUUGUUUUCUACCCACAGCCAGGGUUUGGUCUAGUGCAGAUAGGGAAAGGAAGAGGAGGAAAUUUCUAUCCGAAUUUCCACCAGUUUUCAGAAGUAUGUUAUAAUUGUGGACAGUUUGGCCACUUUGCCCGUGAAUGCAACAGCCUUGGUGACAAUUCUUACCCAUCAUGGUCUCAGAAAUCUUUUGAAUUAUGUUAAAUAUACAUUGACUAUGUCUAGGCUUAGAGACUAUCAUAGGCUCUUAGAGCAGGAAGAUGUCACCCUAGUGAAGUGUGCCAUGGUGAAUCCAGCUGAGAAUUUGCCAACUCCAGAGGAUGGUGAGCCACAUGAUUGUGUUCAAGAAGCAGAGAAAUACUUAAGGCUUAGAUCUGCAUCUGCACAGCUUGCUGAACUGGUGGGGUUAACUGAAGCAUGUUUAUUGGCGGAAGGCAAGCGAGUGAUAAUAUAUACAGACUCUGCAUAUGUACAUAAUGUGUCACUUAUUUGGAUCAGUGUGGAAGAACCGAGGGUUUAAGAAAACGGAUGGCUUCCAAUACAGCAUCAUGCUCAGAUGAUGAAAUUGUUGCAUGCUGUGAUGAAGCCUAAAAAAAGAAAUAGCAAUAGCUAAAUGUGCAGCACAUAAAAUAGAUGUGUCAAAAGAUUACACAAGGAAAUAAAGCUGAAAAAGCCGUCACAGGAGCAGAUAAAUUUCCGGGCAAAGUUUUCUUGGACACUCAUGAAGUGGACUUGGAAGAUAAAAUAACGUUAAGGGGUGGGAUUUUAAUCCAGGAAGCUGCAACUGAAAUGGAUGAACAGUUGUGGACAGAUUUUUACGAUGGCCUGAGGCUUGUCCAACCAAGUGGUAGGAUGCUCAGUUUGUUGCCAAGUUUUUGUGUAGAGAGGACAUAAGCAGGUGGUGACUUCCAGGUUAGAUAUCCUUGGACAAUGGGAAAGAAUUCGUGGAUAAAAUGGUGAAAUUGAUUUUGAAAAAUUAGGAAUUAAACAGCGUCUUGGAGUAGUUUAUCAUCCACAAAGCCAAGGGAUGUGUGGAAAAAUGAAUGGUGUUUUGAAAAAUCGUAUUGUCAAAAUCUGCCAACACACAGGUUUAAAUUGAAUAGCGGCUCUUCCAUUGGCGCUUAUGGUGUGUCGCUCAAGUGAGCUGUGUGAUUUGCAUAUGACACCUUAUGAGUUGGUUACGGAAACAUGGAUGCUAUCAUUACAGAAGACUGACACAGACGUUGACGAAGCAGAAGUGACUGGUGACCUAGCUGAGAAAUAUCCAUUUUAAACAUCUAAUAAAAUUAUGCUCUUAAUAUCUCUUAUUGCAUUAUUCAGUAGGUUCAUACUAUAGAGAGGUAUGAUUUAAGGGGAGAAAUGGAAAAUGUGACUUAUAAUUAGGAAUAAUGUGAAAGUAUGAUAUUGUGAAUUUCACAUCUACUUAUAAGGUGAAGUUUUGCAUUUGAUGUUUAAUUAAUUUGCAUCUGCUGUUUUUCCAAAAGAUACUGGUUGGUAUUUUCUUUUUUUUCCACCUAGAACGAUAUUGGGGGAAGACCACAGUGAGGGUGGUUGGUUGUUCAGAGACCCCGACGUUCUGAAGGGAUUCAGACACUCAAAAAUGGACAAUAAAAUGGACUGAAGGGCCCUGAACAAGGACAUUAUGAUGUAAAACGUCCAGAUUUAAAACACCAUUGACGCUACAUUGAGAGUCGACGCUGCUGAGGAGCUGCAGUGUGAUACAUUUUUAUGGUUUUUCUUUGCUUGAAGAAUGAUGAUUUAUGCUAAUGACAAAAUACAUUGGGACCUCAGAUAUUUUGUUUUUUCGUGGCUGUUCAGGGAUAUAGGUGCUAGGCAGGGAAAGGUCCAUUGGAAGGUGCGAUGGGUCGACCAGCCUGAAUUUGGACAUUGUUUUGAUUUUAUUUACUGAGGUUUCCACAAGUAUUUGUUCAAGUCAUAUCUCUACGCGAAAUAUUAAAUUUCUCCUUUUUUUUAAAUUGGUCUGGAGUACUAUAUGUGGUCGCCUAAGGCAGAGGGGCUGUGAGAGAAUUUUUCCUGUCUAGAUUGAUUGAAGGGUAUUUCAGAAAGAUAGCUGCCUGACAGGUUUUCGCUCUCGCACUCCAUAAAGUUGUUUUAUUGCUAAGGUUAAUGCUAUAGGAAGCAUCAUUGGAGGAACUGUUAUUUUUUCACAACUACAAAAAUGUAUGUAUUACUCUUUUGUUUUCGAGACUCUGUGUAGUCUCGAAGGUGGGAAAUAUGUAGUGUAUUAUCAUUUACUCUGAAGGUUUGGAACAGAUGACCAGUAAGGGGUCCAGGGUUAAAAAACAUAUAUGGUCAGGGUCAAAGAAAAGAUAUUUAUGGCUCAGGGUUAAAGUAGGUGAAGUCCAACUAGGGUCACCCUUGGUUGUUUGUUUGACUUUGUCUCACAUUUCACAGAAACAGCGAGUCUAUAUAAUGGGAGUAAUUUGGGGUUGCUUUUCAGAGCAGUUCACAUUGGCUUCGAACCCUCUCCAAGCAUUCUAGAUGCUUGAUAGAUGCUGUACUUCUUGUAAUAAACCUUUUCUUUAUGU